AUGAUUGCUGCCAGCGCUGCGCCCGACUCGGCCACGCCUGCGCCUUUCCGGAGCGGCCGAAAGAGCCGUAUUGAUCAACUGCAAGAGAAGGUUGAUGGGCUGCUCGCUCAGAAUAGCCUUAGCGGGGCAUCCUCAACUGCCACUACGUCGGGAGGAUCAGGACCAGCAACUCCCGGAGCUGUGGAUCUAGAUAUCAAUCUAGAGAGAAAUGGGGAUUGCAUCGCCGGCGGGCUUGUUACAAUUGCCCAGGCUAAUACGCUGUUGGAGAAAUUCCGGUCGCUGAAAAUGCCCCAGUUCCCGUUCGUUAUCAUCCCGGGUACAACGACUGCAUCUCAGCUCCAGAGCCAGUCUCCGUUUCUGCUCCUGGCUAUUAUGGCGGCGUGCAUGGAAAACGACCCCUCGCUGCAGAUGAAACUGGAUGCCGAGAUAAAGCGACAGAUUAGCGUUCGGAUCGUUAUGAAUGAUGAGCGCAGCAUGGACCUUUUACUCGGUCUCCUGGUGCACACGGGCUGGUGCCAUUAUCGAUACCAGACAGUCCAUACUCAGAUGUAUCUGUGUCUGCAACUUGCGAUUACACUGGUGGUGGAUCUGGGUCUUGAUCAGAUCAGUGGCUUUACGAUGAGAAGUAUUGUGGCUGAGGUGAAGGGGAAGGAUGGUGGAAGCGGAGACUAUCAGUCUGGGACUGCGAAACGGGCAUUACUGGGAGUUUUCCAUAUCAGCUCGGCAUUGUCUUUGUUUCGCCCACAGCUGUCCAUGAAAUAUACGGAUUGGAUCGACCAGUGCUGUGCAGACCUGGUUCAGAAUCCGGAAUAUCCGACUGAUAGGCUUCUGAGGACUUAUUUAGACGGUUCCGCGCCGGCUUUGAAACGCCAUGCGGUCUUCAUCUCGAACAGGGAGAUUGAUUGGGAUGCCGUACAGAACUGGCGGGGCGAACCAGACAAGAGCUAUACUGUACCACAUGAUAUGAUGCUCAUUGAUAACUGGGCAUACUACUUUGAAGUAAAGGCCAAACCCGUCCUCCUUCUCGGCCAAAUCCUCCAUCAUCAAAACACCACCUUCACCCUCGAUCAAAUGCAAAAAAUUGACAGCCUCCUCCACUCAACGCAUGCCUUCAUCGCCUCAUUCCCCCAAAUUCCCACCGACCGCGUCGUCCACCUCCCGCUCCCGUUCCAGACGUACACGUGGUACGCGCUCUUAGUCCUCUCCAAGGCCCUUUUGCUGUCCAACAAAGAAAGUCCAAAAACAUAUGAGCUUGAAGCAAGCGUCUACGCAAGCACUGUGGCAAUCCUGAACCGGAUGGAAGCGCUUUCCACCGGGGGCGACCUAUGGGCUAAUAGCCGAAAGAAUGUGGGAAGCAUGUUGUCGUGGUUGAAGGACCAUAUGGCACAGCAGGACAUGGGUGAUCUGUCUCCUGCGUGUGGCAAUGGGAUUGGGGAAUUUCAACUCGAUGAUAUUCCCGAAGAUGCGUACUGGAAUGCAGAUUGGUGGCAGCAGAUCGUCGAGGGGCCUUUUUUCUCGGCGCUGAAUACGGCGUCGUGGCCUCCGCCGGCAGUGUUUUGACUGACUUGGUAACGGCAAUGGAUCAGAAUACAAGCAAUUAGUGACUGCGACCUAUGUGGCUCUCAUCAAUCAAAGUAAACUAUCGUCCUGGAGAAGGCUCAAUGUCCUUACCAUGCAUUCGCUAUGUCUGGCCGCAACCUGCAUAACAUUAGCCGUACCAGGGAGGCUUUUGUAAUUAUCCGUUAAAGAGAUGACUUGGCCUCCCACGCUUCAGUCCCCUGCUGACUUCAUGAGGAAAUGAC